AUGACUAACAUUAUUGAGGAAUCAAUGAUAAUUAAUCGUCUUACUUCUCCAUAAAAAUUAAAUAAUCCAAAUUAAUCACCUUUACGUUUAACUCCAAUACAACCUAAUUCCCAUAAACAUUCAAGCAGAUAAAGUAGUAAAGCAAAUUUACUUGAUAUUCACAAUCAUAAAAAUAAUGAUCACCAAUAGGAUUCAGAUAAUGUAAUCAAUCCUAUGAGCAGCUAAGUUGAUUUAACACAGGAUGAUGCUAAAGAAAAUGAGCUAGAACUUGAUGUAAAACAAGUUUUAACUGAAAUCAAUGAUCAACAAACUAGUUCUUAUUAAAACCUAGAUGAAAUUUAAACUGAAAAUCAAACAUAAUAGCCUCAAUUACUUGUCGUCAAAAAUACAAACACUAUUCAACAUUAAAUUCAAAAACACAAAUAAAUUAUCCUAAAAAAUACUUAAAUUGCCAAUACAAUCUAGAAUUUACAUGAUAAAAAAAUAUUAUAAUAAGUGGAAAAGGAAGAAGUUCCUUAAGAGUUAAACUAAAUCAAAAAGCUUGAUAAAUCAAUGAUAGAAAACUUAAAAGAAAUAUACUUAUUUUACUCUAAAUAAGCAAUUACAACAAAUAAAUACAAUACCUUCGAUAAGUUACAACAAUUAUCAAGCAUAAUGAUAUUAUAAAAGUUCAUGUUUUUUUGCAAAGAUUUCUAACUGAUUGACUUAGAAAUCACUUAAGAACUUAUUUUAAAAUUAGGUGGUAAAAUGGAUGAGCUUACUUUUAAGAAGAAGAAAAAUCAGUUUAAAUUCAAUCAUAAAAAAAAUUUCAUAGUAACCAAAUUUAAUUUAGUGGAAGUAUAUAAAAAAAAUGCAAAUCCUCAAAUGGAGCUUUCAAAUGAGAAUUUUUAAAUUGUUAUAAUUAAACUUGCUUAAUUAAUCUUUCCAAAUUAGAAUGAACUCUUUUAUGAAUAUUUAAGUUUAAAUAAUCCCAAAGAGUACAGAAAGAAAAUGUAAAUUAUAGGUAAGCCAUUUAAUUCUAAAGAAUAAAAUGAAGUACUAACAUAAGAAAAAUUAUAUGAAAGAAAAAUUUACUUGCCUCCCAAACCUAAACUAAGAGUUGAAAGUGUAAAAAAAGAGAGAAAGUCUCUUGAAUUAUAAUUUCCUAAGGUAAAUUUAACAACAAGAUGUAAAAAGAAGAACAAAUUGAAUGAAACUGUUGAUAAGGAGGGAAGUGGAAUAAAUUGGGAUGAUUUGGAUGAUUUAUAAUAGCAUUUUGAUCCGAAAAAAUUCAUUUUAGAAUAAGACUUAAGCGAUAAGGAAGACGAUUAUUAUUUACAAGAGUAUUCAAAACAUGGAUAUAGCUUAAAAAAAAAAAUAUAGGAUUAAAUGAUGAACUAAAAAGAGCUAUAAAUGAAGAUUCCUCAAAUUUCUAUUUAUAGCAAUAUCCUAAGUUCCAAUCAUAAAAUUGAGAAUAAACCUAACAAUAAUAUGUUGACUUCUGGAAAUACUAGACCUUCAAAUAAUAAAUCUUUCGAUUUGUAAGAUAACUCAUAAAGAAAGAAGUCAAUAGGUUUGUCACCUUAAAAUAUAGAAUAAACCAGUUUGGAAAAAUAAAAUUAGAUUUAUAGAGCAUUUUUGAAUUAAUAAUCAUACAGGGAAAGAAUGGUUAAUAAAAAAAAAUUAAUUUUGAUUUGA